UCAUAUGUCCCACAGUGCUUUGAACGCAGCACAAACUUCUCCAAGUGGAAACAGUGAACUUUACCUUUAAGACCUGACAAAGAUCCCUUCUCUGGAUUAAUGAUCCUGUUGUUAUCAGCAUGUAGAGGUUUUAUUGAACAUGAGAGCUUUUGAGGACAGAGAGAAGUGAGGUUGUGUUUGAGGGGUGGAGGUUUGUGCAGCUCGGGGUCUGCAUGGUGGACUCUGGUUUGUUUUUGGGAUCAGAAAACUGAAACUUCAAAUGUCUGCUAAAGCAGAAAACAAGGACCAGCUGACUGUAACCCCGGAGCAUGGACCAAACGGAUCCGGAGUAAACCCUAAAGCGGUCUGUAAUGUGUGUAAACGCCUGUACCGGGACCCCAGGAUCCUCCCCUGCCUGCACACCUUCUGCUCGGACUGCAUCGGGCAGCUGGACCCCUUCUCUGUGUCCUCCCUCAGGGUCUCCCAGGAGGGCAGGACACCCAAACCCGUAACAGUCACGGUUCUGUGCCCGGACUGUGACUCAGAGGUGGACCUCCCUCCGUCCGGACCUCAGGGUCUGAGCACAGACCACCUGGCUCUGGAUGAGGUCUUCCUGGAGACCCUGGUGACGAACGGCCCGCUGGGAUGCGACCUGUGCGGGGAGGGAAGCUCCGAGAGCCGCUGCGAGGUCUGCAGCCUCAACCUGUGCGAGUUCUGCUGCCAGGCACACAGGCGUCAGAAGCGAACAUCCUCUCACUCCAUCGUGAGCCUGGAGGAGCUGAAGUCUCGCGGUCGUCUCUGCCGCCCCGUCCUCUGCUCCCUCCACCCGGGCCAGGAGCUCCGGCUAUUCUGCCAGCCCUGUGACCUUCCUGUCUGCCUGGAGUGUGCCGCUACGCUGCACCGCGACCACCGCUGCUGCCCUACGAGUGAUGUCAUCGAUCAUCACGGAGACCGCAUCCGAGAGCUGGUGUCGGUGCAGCUGCGACCUCGCCUGGAGCGCCUGAAGGACUCGCUGCAGAAGGUGGACAUUUCCCAGGAGGCUUUGCAGGUACGGGUGGAUGCAACAGCCCAUGAAGUAAGAGCGUUUGCACGAGCGUAUGCCAGCGCUGUGGAGGCUCACUGUCUGUCUCUGCUGCGUCGCCUGGAGGAGCUCCGAGGCCAACGCAGGAACCAGCUCCACCUCCAGAGGGCGCAGCUGCAGCAGAGCCUGCUCGACGUCGGCGGCGGUGUUGAGUUCGCAGAGAGACUCCUGAGCUGCGGAUCGAACGCUGAGAUCCUCAGCGCCAAAGGAGUGACCCUGAGGAGACUGACCAGCCUGGCGGAGAACAGCUAUGACCCGCACCCUUCAGCUGUGGCCCCCGAUGACGGCAGCAGCAUCAGCUUCCUGCCCAGGGAGCCGGCGGGGGAGGUGGAGGGCUUCCCGGUGGUCGGGAUGAUCAACUCUAAGACAGUGGACCUCAGCAAGUGCACCAUCGAAGGGGAAGGUGUACAGAGGGCCAGGGAGGGGCAGCCGGGUCGCUUCACCCUGGUGUGCAGAGACUCGGCAGGAGAACAGGUGGCCCGAGGCGGAGAAAACGUCCUGGUCAGCGUCAUUCACAAGGAGAAGAAGAACAGCACGGUGGAGACGGCGGUGGUCGACAACAGCGAUGGGUCGUACAGCGUUUCGUACACGCCUGAGGAGCAGGGAGUGUACUCAGUGUGGGUUUGUGUCAAAGCCCAGCAUGUCAAGGGCUCUCCGUUCACUCUCACCGUGAAGAGGAAGCUGAGGCAGCACAGCGGGACUUUUCACUGCUGCUCCUUCUGCUCCAGUGGAGGAGCCAAAGAGGCUCGCUGCGGCUGCACCGGAACCAUGCCAGGAGGAUUUAAAGGCUGCGGUCACGGUCAUAAAGGACACCCGGGGAAGCCCCACUGGUCGUGUUGUGGCAGCAGUGUGGAGCAGUCUGAGUGUUUGCCUCAGAGCGUGUUGGCUGCAGUUUCCCCCCGCGGUCACCUGCGGACCGUGGAGCUGUGAGGUGACGCACGGAUGAGACCCGCCAGGAUGAUGCAAGGUAAUAACUGACGGUGGCAACGGAAAGGUCAGAGCAGAGGGGGAGCGUAAAGGUUUUGGGUGUAAAUCUCGGGCAGAUUUGAAAAGGUCAGACGAGGAAACUGAGGCUCUGAGGACACGGAGGCUGCAGAGGAACAUCAGAGUCUGUCACUUUUCACUCUGGCUGCAAAUGAAGGUCUGGAUUUAUCCGGCUCACCGUGAGACAUUCAUCAAAGUGUGAACGAUGAGAACUGAAUCUUUGACUCUGUUUACACUUUGUUUUAAUACGCAUCCAAACCUCAGCCUGAGUAAAACAAGACAACACAACCUCCAGGACUUAAAGUGAAGCCAACACAUGAGUGCCUUAAGCCUGGAGUGUUUCUACAGGCCAGCAGGGGGCGACUCCAGGGCCUGCAAGAGAGGUCUGAUUUCAUAAGCAGGGACGACAAUCACCUUUUUCUCUUUCGGUUAAUUACUACAAAUCUUUAUUCACAUUCUUGCCACUUUCAAGUCUUCUGCAUGCAGCAGGAUGUUUAUAUAUAACCAAUACAGCAGGGUUUGCUUUAGAGCAUCACUUCCUGUGGUUCACAAGUCGCCAUAACACUGAUCACACCAAAGGUUGUGACGAUCUGAGGAGUCUGCAGUUAUUUUUAAAGUCCUGGAGUGCUUUAAAGGAGAAGCAGCCUCUCAUGCUGAUAAUGAAGCCAACGUGAAAGUGCAAAGAAACUGUAGUUCCUGUAGUGUCCACUAGAGGCUGGCUGCAAAGGCUAAGGAAUCCCCAUUAGGUCCCAUGUUAAAAUGCCAAAACUUUAUAGGAGAAAUAAGCAUGUUUACAGCCUGGUUCAAAAAACUGCUUCAGUCUGAAUAGCUCAUUUUAUAACUCAGAAUUUUGGAAGAUAUUAAUCUCAUGAGUUUUGCCCAAAUAAGGGCAAGCCUGACUUGAUUGAGGUGCGGGCACCCUGUAGCUGUUAGAGAAAAGGCUAAAGGCCCGCCUCUUUACCUCACACUAGCUUGACAGAACUUAGGUUGUGUUCAGCAUUUCCAAUAUGGCACCCACCGACGAGUGGCUUUAAAACAGACGGGUGACGUCACGGUUACUACGUCCAUUUUUUAUACAGUCUAUGGUCAGAUCCACUUCUUUACUUGUUUCUAUAUUGAUAAAUACUUUGAGUCAGCAUUUCCAAUAUGGUGAACGCCAUCUUUGGGCUCUAAAAUGCCUCUCUACAAACCAAUGGGUGACAUCACUGAGACAACUGCCAUGUUUUAUAUAGUCUAUGAUAUUCACCUGAAAAAUGAAGCUUGUGUUUGCGUUUGAUAACAUUCUCCAUCCUCUGGACUAAACAUCGACAGCUCCUGACUUGAAAUAACUCAGAGAGCACAGCUGACAAGUUUUCAAAACAGAAGUCUUUGGAUGAAUUUUAAAUAAAACUUCAUUUUUUUACCCUCAGAGCAGAUUUAUUGUCAGAAAUCUGUUCUUUCUCCUGAAUGCCAAACAAUGAGUGUCAGAAACUGGUCAACUUUAACACUUCUCAUUCAUUUUGUUGCUUCUUUAAGAUAAAUAGUUUUUAAAAAUAUAGUGCCUUCAGAACAAUCAUGAUGUUGACACUUAACUGGCAAUAGUUAUUUUUAGUCUGCUCUGAAUAUCAUGCUCUUUAAAGCCCUCUGGUCAUAUUUAUUCUUUUACUUUAUGAUUAGACUUUUUCCAAAAAUGCAUAUUAAUGAGUUAUUUUAAUUUGCUGAUGACUGUUCUAUAAAUAUGUCUUUAAAACUAGUUCUUACCUUUACUGUAUAUUUAAUUACCUCCCAGUUAUUCAUGAUUUUUCACUAAAAUUUGCCAAAUGAUAACAAAUAUAUACAGUAUAUGUAGUAUAGAUGUUAUUUUAUUAACGCUACAUGAAGAUACUUUAUUUUUUAAAUAAACAACGGUCAGAAAAAGGUGCAUACAAGGAAUGAAUUUGAACUAUGACUUGAUUCAGUAAAGACACUGUGACUGUAACACUGGAUUCUUAAUGAUGAACUUAUUCUUGUUAUAUUUUUGUUCUGCACCUAAAAGAAACACUGUGACUCAGACGGGGCAGUCUACCUCCUCUUAGAUAUUAAAUUGUUUCUCUCCAGAGUCCCUGUGACAGCGUUAAAUACAGAUUUUAUAAUCAUUAUUAUUUUAAUAACAAAAACCUGCUGAACCUAUGCAAAACUUAACACGAGUACUUUUUCUUUCUGUGGUCCAAGAAUGAUUUCUCUAACAUUGUAAGAUCUGUGCUGCUGUUUCCUUUCCUCAGUUUACUGUAACUUCAUGUGAGUGUUUAUUUCUGCCUCACAAAUGUUCACUAUGUUAAUGUGUAAGCCUGUACAAUCAAAAUAAACACUUCUUCACAAAACCUG